AUGGCCCAGGUUCUGCCUCGGCUUGACACCACCAAUAACCAAGCCAUGAACCGUUCCCGUUAUGUCCCCAACCCGGUCUACUCCGUCAACCCCUACCAACAGCAACAGCAACAGCAACAACAAUAUGGCGCCCUCCCCCAACAAGCCCAGCUACAAGGCAUGAUGCCUGGCCAAGCCAUGCCCAUGCACCCCUCCGCAUACGGCAGCCCCCCACCCGGCGUCGGCCACUCCCCCAUGCAGACCUCCAUGUCCCCCAACACCACAUGGGCAGCCAACUUCGCCAACGGCCCCAUCAUCGAGGACCUAUGUGCUCCACCCCCACCCAUGGGCAUGCACGCAUCACCACCCAUGAACGGCAUGCACCCGCGCAUGACCAUGGGCCCCAUGCACCCAGGCGGCAUGCCCCAGAUCCAGAACGUCUACGGGCUGCGCCAGCCCACGCCGCACCCCUUCGCACCACAGGGAAUGCACCCCGGCCAGGGCCAGCCGACGACCAUGCAGGGUAUGCCGUCGGCGCGCGUCAUGGGCACGUACCCGCCGUAUACGGGCCAACAGCAUGGGAUUGGCAUUGUGUACCCGCGCCCGAUGGAUCCGAAUGCCAUGAUGGUGCGGCCGAGGCUGGAGACGGCGUUUGCGAACCCGGUGCCGACGGGGCCCGGAGGGAAUGCGGGGUUGGGGAUGGGCCAGGUGGCGUCGCCGAAUAUGGGGGAGAGUCCGGGUGGUGAUGGGAUGCAGCCGCUGACGCCGGUGGAGGAGGCGUUGAGGGGGUUUUCUGAGCCCGGAUUUGGGGGAUCUGGGGGAUUUGGGGCGUCAAUGAUGGGGAGGGAUGUCGGGUAA